AUGAUGAAGAUGAUGUUGUUGCUCCCACUGGCGGGUCUGUUUGCUGUGGCCCAGGGUCAAGCAUUCCAUCUUGGAAAAUGCCCUACUCCUCCGGUGCAGGAGAAUUUUGAUGUGAAUAAGUAUCUUGGAAGAUGGUAUGAAAUUGAGAAGAUCCCAGUGAGCUUUGAAAAAGGAAACUGCAUCCAAGCAAACUAUUCUUUAAAGGGAAAUGGAAACAUCAAAGUGCUAAACCAGGAGAUGAGACCUGAUGGAACGGUGAACCAAAUUGAAGGUGAAGCUACCCAGAGCAACCUUACAGAGCCAGCCAAGCUGGGAGUUAAGUUUUACCAGUUGAUGCCAUCCUCGCCAUACUGGAUCCUGGCCACCGACUACGAGAACUACGCCCUCGUAUACUCCUGUACCACCAUCAUCUGGCUCUUUCACCUGGAUCAUGUCUGGAUCUUGGGAAGAAACCCUUAUCUCCCUCCAGAAACAGUGACCUAUCUAAAAGAUAUCCUGACUUCUAAUAACAUUGACAUCGAGAAAAUGACUACAACAGAUCAGGCAAACUGCCCUGAUUUCCUGUAA